AUGGGAAUGAAAUGUGCGAUCUUGGGCUUAGCUAUGUGUCUCGUUCUCCUAAGCUUCUAUGAGGUGUCUUGCCAGGUCGAGCGAAGCAUAGCUAAGUUAGAUAGAUCAACGGAUCAUCGUAAUUUUCAAGCUAUAAAGAGGAAGAGUGAAAGUGAGAGCAGCUGGGAGAAGAACACUACGUCGACUGAUAAGAAGAAAAUAUCUGUGUCUCUAUUGGAGGAAAACCUGAAAGAUUCUUUCCAAGUUAAUAAUACAAUCCAGUACGAAGCUACCAGUGCUCAUGAUGAAGUGGGUGAAAAUUCGAGCAUGAUGGACGAAAUAAACCGUGAAAUUGAAGCCCAUCUCAGUGGUCUGAAUAAACAAGCUGGAUCUGUUGCAUUUGGUGAAUCUAGUGAUGCUGCUGAUUUUGAUGUUGAAAGACGGACACAGCUGGAAGAGAUUGAACAACAAAUCAAAGCUGCGGCUGCUACAAGAACUGGCGCAGAAGAAGGAAUCACAAAGAGUAAGAGUCAGAAGGGAACACAUGAGAUCAAAUCUGAAGCUGGAAAUGAAUUAGAAACCACAAGGAAAACGCAUAAAACUAAAAGCGAAUACAAAGCUGCAUCAACUGAAAGUGGUCAAAAGUGUAGCACUUGUGGUGGUUUGAAGAAAGGCAGUGGUGGCUCCUGGAUGUUGGGUUCUCUUGGAAUUGCACAGUCAGGUGUGUGGCGCUGUUUUGACCAAGGAAAAAAUGGUAUUAAGGUAGAGGAGGAUGCUUCCAUCGUAAUACCAAAGUAUGACAUAGAUACCAUCAUCAAGGAAGAAUCCGCUUCCCAGGACUCUGCGUCAAAGACCUCUAGCCUCAUAGCAUCGUUGACCCAAAUCGUUGAAAAGCACAGGAAAGAACUAUGGUCUUCAAGUGUAAACAUUGGAAAAUCAAAGGAAACAUCAGAGACGGUAGAGAAGCUGAAAGUAACCCUAAAACAGUACCGUGGCAUAAGUGAUCUAUAUCCUAAGUUUAGAAGACAGGCGAGUCAUGAGUUACACCUUGAAAUUGAUGUGUCACACAAGCGCCCUACAGAACACGUUGAAGAAGUUCUCUGCAAUUGGGCACACACUUCAGUCCAAGAACCAGAGGUCAGAAAUCAAGAAAGUCAAGAGCUACAUCCUAAGCAUAGUUCCUCACACAUGGAUGAAGAGGAACAUACUAGAAAGUGUGUCUGCAACUUAUCUCAAAGUCACCUUGAAGUGAAAGAAAAUGUGAAAGAAGAAAAGACAACUUCAGGUCAUAGUGAUCAAGGGAACACAGUCUAUGUGGAAGCAUGUAACAACAAGAAAACUGCUGGAAAAGUGAUUACGUACGUGGAUCAGAUGAGAUCAAUGCAGCCUAAAGAGAUUGUUGCUAUAUCAGAGAGUGACUCCAGCGCACGUGAGCUCGUGACCCGUUCGGAUUUUGAGGAGAUUCUUGAGACCGCUGCACGUUACGAGGAACUAAGCUCUGCCUCUGUGAGCUAUAUCUCGAAGCUGUCUAUGUACAGAAGUGUUAUAAAGGAAGGACUCAAAUCCUCUCAGCGAGUUGAACUCGCUCAGGCACGUGCAAAGUUGCUUAAAGACAUGGCCGAUGAGAAGCAGAGAAAUGUGGACGACCAGUUUGCGUUAGUCAAGGAUUUGGCGCAGAGAGGAGACACGUUGUACGUGAAAAUAUUCGCUAUCAAGAAGUUGGUGGCGAAGCUUGAGGCUGAGAAAGAAGAGGUUGAUUUGAGUUUCGAGGAGAUAGUUAGGAGUCUCUCACGGGUUAUAGGGGAGGCUUCUGAGGCUUACGAGGAGUAUCAUGUUGUUGUGCGGAAGUGGAAGGAGGAGCAAGCUGCAGCGGAGUUCUCUCGUGAGGCUAUUGAGAAUGCAGAGGUUGUUUGGGUUCAGUUUCUCAGCACUCUUUAG